AUGGCGACCAUCUCGCUACAGAUUGGACAGGCUGGUAACCAGGUUGGCUAUGCGGUGCUCGAGCGCUUGGCUCACGAGUUUGACUGUCCCGACAGUCACUUUCGACCAGUACAGAAUGCGCGCGCCUCAGCCAUACGAUCAGGGCAGCACCGUGCACGGGCCGUCGUCAUGGACUCAGAGCCCAAAGUUGUUCGCAUGCUCAAUGAAAGCACUCUUCGCCUUCCUUGGUGCUACAGCAAGCGACAAACCAUGUGUGAGCAGCGUGGUGCAGGCAACAACUGGGCCAAUGGCUACAUGCGCUACGGACAUGAAUAUCAUGAAUUUUCUCUGGAUGCCAUUCGUCGCGAGGCCGAGGCAGCUGAUCGUGUUGACGCCUUUCAGGUUUACAGCUCUGUCGCAGGUGGCACAGGUUCAGGAUUAGGUGCCCGUGUCACGGAGCUUGUGCGCGAAGCCUACCCCAAAUCUGCCUUGACCAAUAUGAUUGUCCUCCCUUACAUGACGGGCGAGGUGAUUGUGCAGUUCUACAACGCCGUUCUGUCUCUUUCCCACUUGACCACGGCCUCAGACGCCAUCUUCCUGCUGCGCAAUGAUGAUGCGCAUCGCGUAGCCCAGUCUUCGUACAAACUCAAGACCGUGACAAUGGAUGCUCUUAACAAUGUCUAUGCCAAUGAUCUGGCACAUGCUCUGGGCCCCAGCCGUGCUGCUGCUGGUGCUGAUUGUGGACUGCUUGAUCCAAGCCUAUUGUCACAGGCGCAGCGCGUGGCCCACUUGGUGCCUCAUCCCGAUUAUAAACUACUGACAACGCACAGCAUCCCACAGAUGCCCGAAUCGUAUCAGGCGUUUAGUCGCUAUGACUGGUCCUCCUUGACGACCACAGCGCGCGCCAUGGCCCUUGCAGAUAGUCCUGUAGAAGAAGGAUUCAACCGGCGCCUCAAACCCGCCCCAGGACCCGUUCCUGGUGACUUGAAUCAACAGGUUGCUCCUGCUCGUGGUGCGACCAGCCUGGCCACCUUGGUCACCCUACGUGGCGACCAACUAGGCACUGCAAACUGCAGUGCGUUUUGGGAGGAAGGCCUCUAUUCAGCCUGGGCGCCCAGUCCCGUGCUAGUAGCCGGGUCCACUUUGGCCUUUGGUGGGCAUGCCAAGUCUGUUAGCACUGUGCUCAACGGAUCACGAAACGCAAUGUUUCUGGAUGCGGCUUUGGAACGCACACAACGCAUGUUCAGCAAGCGUGCAUACGUGCAUCAGUACGAAGCAUUUGGAUUACAAGCCACCGACAUUGAAAAUGCCAUGUUGAUAUGCGAGCAGGUUGUUGCGAGCUACGCGGGCCUUUAAAAGACGCACAGCCGAGACGUCAGCGGCUGAGCCGUUGUUAAAACCCACACGUUGCAUCUUGUACAGACCCUUUGACUCACAGUCAAAGCAGACGCACGACUAACGUGUUAAUUGAAUCCUAUCCAU